AAGAGCGGCGGUGUUCCGGGCAGCCCGCGGGCUGGGCGGGCUUGGCAGGGCUGGGCUCUUUGGAACAGCACGGAGGCGGUGGGCCCGUUCGUCUGAAGCAGAGAUAAGGCCGGAGGCGAGAUCCCCGGGUGGCAGCUCUCCCCGCAGGAUGGACUUCCGAACCCCCGACCUGCUGGACGUGUGGCUGGAGCCCCCAGAAGAGGUCUCAACAGGAGCCUUCCUGGAGCUGGGACUCCACUGCCCCCCUCCAGAGGUCCCAGGGACUAAGCUCCAAGAACAGGGGCUUCGAGGCUGGGAGCCCAGCGGGAGCCGUGGCUGUGACCUUCAAGAGAGUGAGCCUGAAGAUUUCCUGAAACUUUUCAUUGAUCCCAAUGAAGUGUACUGCUCAGAAGCAUCUCCUGGUAGUGACAGUGGAAUCUCCGAGGACCCUGGCCAUCCAGACAGUCCUCCUGCCCCCAAAGCACCCAAUUCCCCUGCUCUCUAUGAGGUUAUCUAUGAGGCAGGGGGCCUGGAGAGGAUGCAAGGGGAAGCUGGGCCAGCUGUAGGGCUCAUCUCUCUCCAGCUAGAUCAGCGAAGCCCACCACUUAUGGUGCCUGAUGCCUGCACGGUCCUCGAGCUGCCCCUUGAUGCUCACACUCACACCCUGCCCAGAGCGGGCACUGUAAACCCAGUGCCUCCUGUGACCCUGCUGCCCUGUCAAACCUUGUUCCUGACAGAGGAGGAGAAGCAUCUGCUGGGACAGGAAGGGGUUUCCCUGCCCACUCACCUGCCCCUCACCAAGGCAGAGGAGAGGGUCCUCAAGAAGGUCAGGAGGAAGAUCCGUAACAAGCAGUCAGCUCAGGACAGUCGGCGACGGAAGAAAGAGUACAUCGACGGGCUAGAGAGCAGGGCGGCUGCCUGUUCUGCACAGAACCAGGAACUACAGAAAAAAGUCCAGGAGCUGGAGAGGCACAAUAUCUCCCUGGUAACUCAGCUCCGCCAGCUGCAGAUGCUCAUUGCCCAAACCUCCAACAAAGCUGCCCAGACCAGCACUUGUGUUCUGAUCCUUCUUUUUUCUCUGGCUCUCAUCGUCCUGCCCAGUGUCAGCCCCUUGCAGGGUCUCCAGGAAGCUGGGACUGAGGAUCACCAGCCUCAUGGAGUGAUUUCCAGAAAUAUCCUGACUCACAAGGACAUGACAGAAAAUUUGAAGACCAUAGUGGUAGAGUCCAGAUUGGAGGAGCCACCUAGGGUCAAGGGUGUAAAUAGCUCAACAAGGACCCUGCUGGAGAAGAUGGGAGGGAAGACAGACCCCAGUGGGCAUGCCAGAACUGGCCUGCAUGCAGAUGAGAUGUGAGCUAGAACAUUUCCCAGCCCACUUCCCAGCUGCAAUAAGGAAUCCAGGAUUCCCCCAUGGCUCUGGUUCCCCCUGGGAUUCCCAUUCAGAGUUCUUUGGCCUCAGGGGUCUGAAUCAUUUCAAGACCGCCUAAGCGUCUGUACCCCAAGGCCCAGGCUAUGUGAGGAGGCAUUUCAGAUACUUUUGUUACACAUCUGCAAUUUUAUUUUUUCUUUGGGGUUAGGGUUGGGGGAAACAGAGGUUUUGGCUGAGAAAUAAAACUUUUUUGCUGAAAUUA